ACCAACCGCCCGAUGCGCGGCGAGGCAGUCUGUCAGAAACCGCCGCGUCGGCAGGAUCAGUGGUGCCAACCUCGGCCGAGUCUACCAGCGUCGCAACCGCCAGAAUGAGCCAGCCCGGCUACCCGCACCAGAACGCACCGCCGCCGUACGGAAUGCACCCGCCUCCGCCUCAACAGCCAACAGUCGUGAUCGUGGGCGGCGGGGCAGGCCUGGGGUCCGCCUCCACCACCAUCCAGUGUCCCUCGUGCCACGCCACCGUGAAGACCCGGGUGGAGCGCGAGGCCACCACCAGGACACACCUCAUAGCGCUCGUCAUGUGCCUCUUCGUCUGUUGGCCGUGCUGCUUGUUCCCUUACUGCAUUGACUCGUGCAAGGGUGCCAACCACUACUGCCCCAGCUGCGGCGCCUACGUCGGCGCGUACGCCAACUGAAGACAAGAGACCAGUCCGCCUUGCAGAGCACGACAGGAGGUGCCCUGGAUGAGAUGUCCGCGUACUGCCGCAAUGCUCCAAAUAUUUCGACAGGGACGAUACGGGAAACUCUUCAGGAAUACGCGAGACAAUUGUUGUCAGCGAACCUGGCGGCGUGGAGUGUAACUACGUUAGAUUUAGUGCGCGAGAGUAGUGACAUCUAGCGGCUUAAAGUGAAAACAGCUUGAAGUGUCUGGCGCUUCGCCAACAUUCAUUGGCCAGAGUUUCCCGUAUUGUCGUAUUACGAUAUGUGAUGUUAUUUACAGCGUUAAGCUAGUUUAUGUGCUUUUUUUUUGUUCCUUUUGCAAAUCUUCAUUAUCUAAUUUAAUGAUGUUGAGUUGUAAAUGUUGAAGACUUUUUUUGUCUGGAAUCCCUUACACAUUAUUUUUAACUUUUCAAGUAUUGGUGAGCUGUGAAAAAAAUAAAUAAAUAAAUAAUGCGAUAAUAAGGUUCUGUCGAUGCUUGUAGCGUUGCCAGAAAAUACGUGUAUGUAAAGUAUGUACACAGAUCUGUUUUUAAAUUUUUAAAUCAAAACAGCCUCAGAAUGGCUUAUGCCUGAAUGUUUCCAGGAAAUGCCAUUGUCAUGCAAAAUGUUUGAUUCUAAUGUGAUGUUUCCAAAAAUACUAUAUUGCAGCUUUAAACAGCAGAAUUUUUGCAAUCUUUUGAAACGAUGAUAUUGUAUUUAAAAUUGGCAGCUAUUUGUGAUUUUUAAUAUAUUGUUGCUUAAAAUGAAUUAUUUAUGAAAUUAGGGUGUGGUAUUGCAGCUUUAAACUAUUGUUGGUAAAAGUUCCGUAUCACAUAUACAAGUUCAUCCGUUGAUCGUAACGGUAUGAUACUGUAGUACAUAAUACAUGCUGUUUCAAUUUAGUACGGCGAAAGAUUCUGGACAUAACAAAAACUUGUGAUGCAACAAUGAAUUAUGAUCGCAAAAUGUAUACAAAAGAAAAAAAAACCUCGCAUAAUUAGUCUGUAUUGUGAUAUUUGGGUUUUUGUCAUGUCCAAGAACUUUUGACGUAGGUACUAAAUUAAAACAGCAAACGUCAUGUACCGCUGGAGUAAUGUAUAGUACAGGAUCAAAGGAUCAACUUAGAUACGUAAUUGUAUAACACUUUUUUUUCUUCUUCGAAAUGUGAUAUUUCACGUAUGAAAGCUGUUACAGUUUAAGUUUAAGUUACAACUUGAUUGAUGCAGGCAUGUAGACAGGCAGAAGUGGGAGUAGUGAUCUUUGAAGAAAGCGCUUCCCAAAAUAAAAUCUUGGUUGUCGCACUGA